AUGCGGUAUGAACACAUGCUAGCUAAAGCGCGAUCCAUGCUCCAACAGACACGUUUGCAACAACAAGGUUUGGCCCCGUUCACUGAGGCGCUUCCACCUUUGGCCAAUGCUCGCAAACCCCGCCCGUUGUCCAGCAGCACGUUCAGUCCCGUCUCACCGUCUGCAUCCACUCCCACACCAACAACAACAGUGACUAACGAGGAGCAGAAGUUCACGGAUAUGUCGCCUGAUUUUGCCGGUACGGGCUUUCCCUCGUCAAAUCUGCGUAGUCGGCCGGUAUACCAGCGAUCUUCUACAAGUACCAUAUGUAUGACCAAUGGUGGCGCUUCUCUAAGUCAUUCGCCUCCAAACCCUGCGGGAACCAACCAUUUGCAUCAGUCCAUGGAUAUCCAAUCUCCCGGUUCGGCGAUCAACACCUCCACGACAGCAAAAACACCCCCCAUCACAGCCCCUAUUCAGCCGUCUCCGCCGGACGGAAUGAAAGUACGUCGUCUUCGAUUGUCCCAACUCAAUCUGUUCGCAUCCGGUCGGGGAACGACAGCUCCGGUUCCGAUUCGACAACUAGGCGAUCCACCUCAGUCUGGUUUUUCGCCUAGUCCAGUGCAUAAAUCCAAGGGGAUUCCGAAUGCACAUGUCCUGCCGGUAGGUAUUGAUUACAGUUUCGUUUUCUGGAACGGGAAUAGCGUAGAGACUAGUGACAUCUACAUGUUUGAUACUGUACGUCACGCGUCCGUUCUCUUGGGUUGUUUGCGGUAG